AUGAGAAGUUUCAAAUCAAAAGUUAAACCGCACAUUUCAUCUAGUGAUACAUCAUAUACAAUAUCAAAUUCACCAUUAGAAAAAGGAUUUUCACGAGCUGCAUCAGUUGACUCAGUUUUCGAUGAUAUUUCAUCGAAAGCACAUGCUUUAUUUUCGAUUCUUGAUGAAGAUCAAAAGGGAUAUUUGGAUAAUCAAAUGUUAUUAAAGGUUUGUGAUUCUGGUUUGACAGAAUCGCAAAUAAAUGAUCUAAUUCAACAUCUUGAUCAUGAUGGAGAUGGAAAAGUUAGUCCAGAUGAUUUUAUGCUUGGUUUACGUACUCUGGCCAAACGUAAUAGUUUGAUUCGUGCUUCCCUUAGAGCCACUACAGUAACAAAUUCAACACAUUAUCUAAUUAAAAGAUGCUCAGAGUCAUCAAAUUCAUCUAGAAAUCGUUUAGUAUCAGAUGAAACGAAUUCAGAUAUUGAUGAAAAAUUAUGUAGCAAUUAUCAAAUAAAAUCAGAUGCUACAACUAUUCAGUCAAUGAGAAUCAGAACAAAAACUAGACAGAGACUUCAUCGGCGACUACUUACUUCUCUAUUCUCCCAACAAACUAGUUCUUUGUUAAUAAGCCCUCUAUCACCUCAGCUGUUUGAUAUUGGUUCUGUCGACGAAUGUUUGAAAUGUUUAAGCAACCAAGAACAUCUUUACGAACUAUACCAUAUACUAUUAUCAGAAAAUCCAAGUUUGUCUAGAAUGUAUGAAACUAUCUUGGUGGACGUAGUUAGAUACAUACAAAAAUCCCGUGAAACUCAAUCACGAUUAGAGAAACAAAUUGAAAGUGAACGCUUAAAACAUAGUGAAUCAAUAUUCCGUCUAUCCGAAGAAGUGGAUAAUCAAGUUAAACUUUCAGAGGAGGCAGCACGAAUUAAAGAAAGAGAGAUAGCAAUGAAAAAAUUUUCUGCCGAAAUUGAAGCAAAAUCUAUGCAAAUCAAACAAUUGAAAUCAAUGAUAAAAAAUCUUGAAGAGCAAGAUAUUUAUCAAAACGAAUUAAAUAGUCAAAAUACAACUCUUAAAACAAAUGAACAAGAUGAUGCACGUGUAGUUAAAUUACAAAUGAAAGUUCUACAAAUUAAUCAAGAGAAUUAUAAUUUAGAAGAAGAAUUAAACAAUACAAGACUACAAUUGGCACAGUCACGUUCAGAAUUUAACGCGGUACGACAAAGUUUAAGUAAUAAAAAUCAUGAAUUGGAAGAACGUAUGACUGCUUUGAUUGAAACUGUCAAAGAGAAUUCUACAUUAAAACGUCAAGUUGGAAUACUGAAAGAUAUCAACAGGAAGUUAUAUGAUGCUAACGAUGACUUUUACAAUAUGUUUGAAAGUUACCCAGAAUGGUUACGUAAAGAAUGGAAAGUUGAAGAUAUAAAACCAGCUUCUACAAUGAUGGAUUCCAGGUUCCAACGAACUUCGACAGAAUUUAAGCCAAUCAAGUCAGUUGUAAAGAAAUUCAGUGAGCAUUAUUGUGAGGCAAACAGUUCAACUUGCAUAUCCUGUAAAAAUGAUCAGACGGAAGAGCUAAGACCUUCAUCAUAUGGAAAAUGCUACUGCGUUAUGUCUAGAUGCGAACAAUCUGAUUGUUGUUGUUCAAAAGUCCAUAGAAAUGGAGAUAGUGGAUUAUCAAGUUGUAUGAAUACAAAUGAAACAGAAUCUGACAAAGAAUCAAAGUAUCAUAAUGUGAAACAACAAACUUUAUGGGAGAAUUCCGGAAAUCAUAUGAAAUAUGAUGAAAAAUUUGAAUCCCAAAAUCAAUUCUAUUCAACUGGUUCAAUGAAUUCAAUUAAUGAAUCUAAUUAUCAAUCAUCCAUUUAUCAUUUACCACAAUAUAAUGAUCAAAAAAAUUCUUAUAAUAAAAUAAAAAAAUUCAAUAAAAAUAUUUCAAUUAUUAAAAAUAUUCAUUUUAAUAAAACUGUAUAUGAUGAAAAAUUAAGAAUAUUUCGUAUUAUGUUAGCUGGUGAUUCAGAAGUUGGUAAAACAAGUUUAUUAUUACGUAUGUGUGAUGAUAUAUUUAAAAAUUAUUCAGUUACUACUAUUGGUGUUGAUAUGAAAAUGAAGUCAGUAGAAGUGGAUGGUAAGAAAGCAAUGAUGCAAAUAUGGGAUACUGCUGGACAGGAAAGAUUUCGCAGUGUAUCAACUAGUUUCUAUAGAAAAGCUGAUGGUAUUCUACUAGUAUAUGAUUGUACAUCGGAAUUUACAUUUAUUAGUACAAGAGAUUGGAUAACAAUUAUAGAAGAGAAUGCUGGCAAACAAAUACCCAUCGCUAUUAUUGGAAAUAAAAAGGAUUUAAAAGAGCAGAAAGAGUGGCAAGGAAAUAAAUGUGUUAGUUACGCAAUAGGCAGUAAACUGGCUCAGGAGAUUGGAGCACUUUUCUUCGAAACAAGUGCACUGACUGGUGAAAAUGUAAAUGAAUGCGUAGAAGCACUAGCAAGAUUACUAUGCGCUCAAGAAGAUUAUAAUUUGCGAUGUCCACAACUGAAAUUAUCAAGUGAUACUCCAAGACAAACUAAUCCAAAAUGUUGUGUACGAUGAGAAGUAUAGAUGGAACCAACCAUUCCAAAAAUAGUUUAGAUGGAAAUCACUUACUUAAAAGCCAAUCAACAUUUUUUAUACUUUAAAAAAUUUCAAAAAAAAAACAUCAACUUAUACUGAAAUGUCACGAUAGAUAAUUUCCCGUUAAAUUUCUAAUAAAAUAUUGGGAAGUAA